UUGCUUCCAAACAAACAUAUAAGACUCUAAGACAAUAAGAUAUAAGAGCAGAAUAGGCUAUUUGGACCAUUGACACGGCUCCAUUAUUUCCUCAUGGCUAAUUGAUCCAUUUUUCCUCUCAGCCCCAGUCUAUGCCUUCUCCCUGUAUCCCUUCAUGCCCUGACUAAUUAAGAAUCUGUCAACCUCUACCUAAAUAUAUGAAAAGACUUGGCCUCCACAACCACCUGUGGCAACGAAUUCCACAUAUUCACCACUCCUUGGCUACAGAAAUUCCUCCUCAUCUCCAUUCUAAAAGGAUGCCCCACUAUUCUGUGGCUGUGUCCUUUGGUCCUAGACUCUCCCACUAUAGGAAGCAUCUUCUCCACAUCCACUUUUUUGAUGCCUUUCAAUAUUCGAAAUGUUUCAAUUAGGUCACCACUCAUUCGUCAGGAUUCCAGUAAGUAUAGGCCCAGAGCCAUCAAGCACUCUUCAUAUGACAGGACUUCAAUCCUGGAAUCAUUUUCACGAACCUCCUUUGAACCUCUCCAAUGUCUGCACAUACUUUCUUAGAUAAACCAUGGAUGAGCCUAAUGGCCUAAUUCUGCUUCCAUAUCUUAUGAUCUUAUGGUCUUAUAAGGGGCCCUCAACUGCUGACAAUACUCCAGUGAGUUAUCAGCUUGGGACAAUGGAAUUGCAAGAGUCUCCUUCAAACUCCACACUCCCUGGUCUUGUCAGCCACCGGCUGACGGUGUUUCUCCCCGAGGACAGCAACACCACGGCAUCGAGAAUGGACGAGGGCGAUGCUAUUUACUACAUCUUGCUGGUGUUCGGCCUUGCCGGGGCGGUGGUGGUCUUCAAGAUGCUGGACAACUACAGCACGCAGAAAGCCAUCAACAGACUUCCGUUCGACUUCUUCGAGAAAGAAAAGCAGAAGAAGAAGAAACUCUUUGGCAACGCAAAGCAGAAGCCGGGUCUGGUGGUGGAAAACCGGGCGGCGGUGGGAUUCGAACUGGACCCCAGUGCUGUAAGCGCGGCCAGCGAGGACAGCUCCAGAACAAUUGAAAAUGUGUGACUUCCCAUUUAUCGGCUGCCGGAGCGGCCAGGACGAUAAUUUCUAAUGGUUAGUGUUUUCAGAUAGAUGUAUCAUGAACAAUCAAUUGAGAACAAUCAGUGUGUACACCCCGUAUCAAAGAAGCGUUAACAGCACAGGGUGUCAGGGGAGACGGACUUUACAGAUACUGAGAGGGAAUAGCGGGGCACUUUUAUUUUUGGCAACCAGAAGUUUGAGCCUGACCCGACAGGAGAACCGGUGGAAGAUGUCCAUAGCUAGGAAGAUGUUUCCUGCUUGGAAAAUUAAAACCUUGACAGAAACUUGGGGUGACUUGUUGUGAGGGAACUACUGCUUUGCGCUUCUCAUUUUAGUCUCUCCUGGGGAGUUCCGCCAGCAUUGUGUGUGUGCUGCUCCUAACCCUAUACCCGUAAAUCUCGAUUCGCGCGUCAGUGAAAAAUACUCACCCAUCACAGGAGAUACAGGAGACGUGGCGUGUGUGGCAGAAAAUAGAUUAAAGUGAAAUCUGUGUCGGGAAUUAGAUUUCAAUAGAAAGGAGCUAGGUUAGGGCAACUGGCCCAGACUAAAGUGGAAUUAAGCGUUUUAUUUCCCAGUCCUCUCCUGCAAUCCACUACAACUUGUUUUGUUUUAUUUUGUAGCACAGAAAGUAAACAUCUGAGUUAUCAGAAUGCAUAUGGUGAUAUGUGUAUUUGAGACUGUACAUAAUCUGUGAUUUGAUUUGCAAAAUUAAAAAAAAACAGAUUUU